UCAUUUUUAAAUAUUUUUAUAAUUAAGUUUGAUUUUCUAAAUAAUUUUAAAUUUUCUACAGAUUUUUUCAGAAUUAAAAAAAUCGCAAACGAGAAGUAAAAAAUGGUUUUGGCCGACUUGGGUCGACGUAUAAGAAAUGCUAUUGGAAAACUUGGACAAGCAACGGUUAUAAAUGAGGAGGAAUUAAAUGCAAUGUUAAAGGAGGUUUGUUCAGCUCUAAUUGAGUCAGAUGUAAAUGUUCGGUUAGUCAAACAAUUACGAGAGAGUGUAAGGAAAGCCAUAGAUUUUGAAGAAAUGGCUGGUGGUGUAAAUAAAAGACGUCUUAUUCAGCGGUCAGUCUUCCAAGAAUUAUUGAAAUUAGUUGAUCCUGGUGUUGCUCCAUAUCAGCCAGUCAAAGGGAAGGCAAAUGUUAUAAUGUUCGUAGGACUUCAAGGUGCUGGAAAGACUACAACUUGUACAAAGAUGGCCUAUUACUAUCAAAAGAAGGGUUGGAAAACAUGUCUGGUUUGUGCUGAUACUUUUCGUGCUGGUGCUUUUGAUCAGUUAAAACAAAAUGCUACAAAAGCGAGGAUACCUUUUUAUGGAAGUUACUCAGAAGUUGACCCAGUUAUUAUUGCAGCAAAUGGUGUAGAAAAAUUUAAGCGUGAUGGUUUUGAAUUAAUUGUAGUCGAUACUUCUGGAAGGCAUAAACAAGAGGCGGCUUUAUUUGAAGAAAUGUUGCAAGUUUCAAAUGCUAUAAAACCUGAUAAUGUUAUUUUCGUAAUGGAUGCAUCUAUCGGACAGGCUUGUGAGGCACAAGCUCGCGCAUUCAAAAAUUGUGUAGAUAUUGGUUCUGUUAUAAUUACAAAAUUGGAUGGACAUGCAAAAGGUGGUGGUGCUCUCUCAGCUGUCGCAACAACCCAUUCUUCUAUUAUUUUUAUUGGAACAGGAGAGCAUAUAGAUGAUUUUGAACUUUUUAAAGUUAAACCUUUUUUGCAAAAAUUGUUAGGAAUGGGAGACAUUCAAGGACUCGUUGAAAAAGUUUCAGAAAUGGGGUUGGAGGAUAAUGAAGAACUUAUAAAGAGGCUUAAACAAGGUCAAUUCACUCUGAGGGAUAUGUAUGAACAAUUCCAAAAUAUAAUGAAAAUGGGACCGUUUGGUCAAAUUAUGAGUAUGAUCCCAGGAUUUGGUUCAGAUUUUCUUUCAAAAGGCAAUGAACAAGAAUCUAUGGCAAGAUUGAAAAAAUUGAUGACAAUAAUGGAUUCGAUGGCUGAUGGAGAACUUGAUCAUCCAAAAGCUAAUGAUUUAUUUACAAAAGAACCUAGCAGAUUAAUUCGUGUAUCAAAAGGAAGUGGUACAAAUAUAAAUGAAGUAAAGGAAUUGUUAUCACAAUAUAAAAAAUUUGCUGAUAUGGUUAAAAAAAUGGGAAGUAUGAAAGGACUUUUUAAGGGAAAUGAGAUGAAUCCAAAAAAUAUAAAUCCAAAUCAAAUGACAAAAUUAAAUCAACAAAUGGCAAAAAUAAUGGAUCCUAGAGUUCUUCAACAAAUGGGUGGAUUAGCUGGGUUACAAAAUAUGAUGAAACAAGUAGGUGGUGGUGGUGGCGGAAUGGGAGGAUUAGGUGGAAUGGGUGGAAGUGGAAAGCGUAAUAAAUAAUUGAAAACAAAGAAAAUAGGUUGUGAUGAUUUUUGACAAUUAAAAUAUUCUAUUAUUUU